UAUUUUUUAUUUUGGGAUAAGAUAUCGAAAGCAAACCCAGUAACCCACCGGCGUUCACCCGCAUCGUUCACUUUCACUCCGCCGCCGAUGGCAGCCGUCUGUUUGGUUCCACUUCCUCCUCCCCUUCCCCUCCUAAAAUCAUUGCGUCCCAACGCAGUCCGACGACAGCUUUCUCCAAUUUUUGUCGUUCCUUCUUCCCUCGGAUCUACCAGGACUCGUUCGCCGACGAGUGCAGCGUCGUCGUCCUCCACCUCCACCGCCACCGCCUCGGCCAUCCAAGAUGACCAGAAGGCGAGCGAGGAAGCAAUGAAUAUCCAUGCCCUCCGGCGCUUCAUCGACCUUAACCUCGGUAACUGGACCGGUUCAUUCCAUCAAUUUGAUCCUGACGGUAAUUUGUUGCAUAAAGUGACUACGAAGCUGGCGGCCAGCUCUUACGGGGAAGAUGAUCUUGUCAGUUUAAUUCAAUCGCUAUACAUCAAACAGCCACAAUCAACCACCUCAAUAUCGGGAGAUACGUAUGAGCCAGAAUGGGCAGAGUACAAAAUCAAGGAGACGAACAUGUUCACCGUAGACAAAUAUCAACAGAUUGGUUUUUUCCCCAGUCAAAAGGCCUUUGCACUGCGUUACCAGACAGCUGGCAUGUUAGAAACUGUAUUGAGACAAGGCGUGCUAGGUGAAGAUGACAUUGGAGAAGUGUCACCCAAAAACCUGAAGCUUCCCUCACGCCAACCUGCUAUAGUAUGUGAGAAUUGCCUUUACUCACUUCAGAAAGAUAUGCGAGCAAGAGCAUUUCAUAUCAUGGAUCCCAAAGGCAUUAUAGAAAUGUUUCUUAUCUUCCUUGAAGAACGUGGUGGUGCAGUGAUUAUUCCUCCUUCCUUUGAUAGUUCCAUGGACAGCACUAGCAGAAUCAUACAACAUCUUGGUAAAUGGAAAGGUCAUUCUAUAACAAAGCGAAGUGGUGUAUAUGGAGCAACAAUUGCUGAAGCUAAUACAACUGCUGUGCUUGAAAUUGACAACAAGGGUCAUCUAAUUCAGGACAUUACGUCAACAUUCAGCGGGGAUGUCACUACUAAUGUACACUGGACUGGCAGCAUAUCUAACAACUUGGUCAAAUUCGAUGGUGGUUUCCAGGUGACCUUAUUACCUGGAAGCAUGUACAUGGGAUGCCCAUCUGAUGUAGCAAAGAGUGUAGCAGAAUCCAAGCCUUUCCAUUUGGAGUUCUGCUGGCUUGAAUCACCUGGUAAGAGGCAGAGACUGGUUCGCACUUACGAUGUGGAGGGCUUAGCUGUUUCCUCAACUUAUUUUUUUGAGACCAAAAUUUUGGCAAUCUGGGCUGGGCUGAAUCGCUGUCUGGCGGUGGUCGGCAACUUAGCUGGAGCUUUACUUUGUAGGCUUUGGCUUCAUGUGAAAGUGGGGGAUGAAGCGGUUGGCGGAUUUAUUUAAUGUCUGGUUGGCAUUGUUGGUGUCGAUGUUCUAUCUUGUUAGUGACUGCAUUUAAGACUCGGGACGGGGAUUGUUGUUGCAGCCAUAUUUGAUAUUUGUAUGCUUUCUGAUUA